AUGGCGCCUGCCAAUGGGCACCUGUUGCUUCCCAAGAUAUGGCGAGCAGCAAGGUUUGCUUAUGAAAGGGCAUCCAAGGCCAUCAGAGCCAAAAUCCCAGAGUCUACCACAUACUCGCAUUUGCGGUACCAACCUGUCUAUGCUCGCAUUAAUGGGUCCCAACCUAUCAAUCGGGCUGCCGCCAUUCGACAGGCCCGAAGCCGUUACUUCUCCACUCGCGCAGCCGGUGCCUUCGUGUCGGCCAUUCGGUCAGGAGUCUCAGCGGAGGCCCACGCAUACCGAACUACUAGAGUGGCCUCGAAUAUCAGCAAGCUCACCAGCCGCGCUCCGUUCGCUUCUACCCUUCGGCCGAAUUUAACGGGCGGUACGCUCGGUCGCACCGCGGGAGGUUACACUCUCGGUGCAGGUCGAUUCGGAGGAGCCCGAUACUUCUCUCAUGGCCCGGCGGCUCCUGCCCAGGUGAUUCACAAUGUUUCACAGGGCAUUAGGGUCUUCUUUCUGUCGGGCCAGAAGGUCCGUUUCGACGGAGUUGAUCCCCGAACGGGUGAGAAGCGCUACAAGGCGGUCAGUGGCCUGCAGGAUCAGGCUGGUCGCAAGAUGACCGCUGUGCCUCGGAAGGCGACGGGGUCGAGCCUUGACUUCCAAGUCUCUCCCACCAUGGCCGCCUUUGGGGCCUUUAGCGCCCUGAGCAAGCAGUCCGACGCCGAGGCCGUCAAUACUUUGAACUCUGAUGGCGUCAUGGACGUGCUUUCUGUCGACUUCGCUCGAGCCUUGAAGGAGUAUGCCGUAGUCUUGAAUGAUUUGAAGCGGUUGUCCACACUGGGGGAUCUACCAGUCACACUGCAUGAUCGCUCAACAAUUCGUGUCAGGUUCCCCGGCUGCGACGCCGACACUGUGGAACACCUAUGUGAUGAGGUUGGUGUGCAGCGUGGUCGCAUCACUCAGGACGAAGACUUUGAAAUUCGCACAGGUGCCGACCUAGCUCUCCUGUUCCCUUUCGCUCCCAGCGUGGCGUCUUCGGAAACAGAGUAUCUUUUCGAGAACUCUUCACUCCCAAAGACCCACAUUUCCAACGACAUUGAUUGGCACGGCAUGAUCACACCUGAGAUCGGCAGUCCUUUCGCUGGCGACUCGGGCGUUGAAUCUGGCAAGGCGAUCAGCUUUGAAGACAAAGAACUCUUUGGCAGUAACCCGUGGACGUCACCGCGCUCUGCUUAUUCAAGUAUCAAUAUCAGUGAACUUGGCGACCAGCCAUUCUUCCCAGAGUCGAACGCUGAGCAGAUGGAAUUCACAUCCGAUGACGAUGCCGAUGGGAUCCACAGGUUCAUAGCUGAGUGCGACCGCGCACGUCGUUGA